CAACGCCUUGUUGACGACCCAGUGCAGGAGCUGGUGGAGUUGGACGCCGGGCCUUCUUGCCGUCGUCGGUCCCCUUUUCUCGGCCAACCCCAACCGAUCCCACCUAGCUUGGAGCACCAUCUCUGAGAGAGAUGUCGGCUCCAAGUAAAUCAACAAACUCUCCUGAUGAAGAUGAAGAUGUAUGGAACCUUCAGUUACCACCUAUAGCUCUUCCUUCCACAUCUAAGGAGCCGACUGAAAAACAGAAGAAAUUGAUGAAAUACCGAAGAGUAACAGAACAGCAGAAGUUGCUUAACAAAAUCAUAAUUAAUGUUGCCACAAAAGAUUAUACAAUGUCCAUGGAGGAAUUUGUUAACAGAGAGCCUGAGCCUGUUGCUCCACAACUGCCGUAUACUAUGAACAGUGAACAGAAACAAAUUAGAAAUAAUUAUCUCUUUAUGAAGAAAUGUGUUGAAAGUAAUCCAGUGGUACCUAUUCAGCAGGAAUGGUUAAUCUCCAUGCUCACAUUGGUACCUCAAUCUCUCAUGGAGGGCAAGGAUAGAGAGAAACUGGUUGAAGAACUCUUAAAUGAGAUAACAAAUGAUUAUGAAAUGAGUAUGAAAAGAUAUAUGGUACGAAGCGUUCUUAUCAAGCCUGAAGUAAAAUUACUUGAAUAUGAAAAAGAAGGACCUUUGCCAGUUGAACCUGAAGGAUUGGACUUUUCUAGACCAUGGCAUAAAAGUUUCAUACAAGCAAGAAAGCAGAUUUUUGAAAAUUUACAUAUUCUCCAUCCAACUUUAAGAAUUCUCCUUGAAAUUGGUUACAGAAUGUUUUCCAAGUUACUUGUAGUAGAUGUAUCUUGUUUCAGGUCAAGAGGCCCAGUAGAAUGUGAAUCCCUUCAAAAUGAUGUCUCUAUAAAAUGCUUAAAAACAGAAGAAAAGAUAUUAAACACAUGGUAUCCAAGGGUUAUCAAUCUCUUUACCAGAAAAGAAGCACUGGAGGGUGUGAAACCUGAUCAAAUGGAUUCUUUCUAUAACUGUGUGACUACACUUAUGUCUAAUCAGCUGAAGGAGUUAUUAAAAAGAACUGUUGAAGCUUAUGUGAAGUUGUUUGACUUAGAAGAUCAGAGAUGGCUGCCUUUGUUCAGAAUGGAAUUGACUUUUGAUGAUGAGAAAAUGGACUUUUAUCCUAGCUUUCCAGAUCUGGAAGAUACCAUCUUAUGUAUUAUUACUUUGAUUGCACAAACUUUGCAGAAUGUCCAGACAAUACAUUCAUGGUUAGGAGGUACAAACAUAGUAACAACUAUUGACACUGAACUUCCUGACCAUGUUAUAGCAUGGGCUUCGUCUGUACUGAAGAGAGCGAUCAAUGAGAAUUUGAAAGGUGCAAAAGCACAUUUUGAUUCUUAUGUGGAAAAAUAUGGCUGGCUUGUAGAUGGUGCUGCAGAUGACCGUAUUACAAAAUUUAUAGCUGAGGAGCACAGUUUUGAUGAAUAUGCAGAGCUUAUAGAUGAAUUUUUAAACCUUUCAACGGAAAUAAUGAGCUUGCCAAUGAUAGCUCACUUCCCUAUGGUGCGUUUAGAUUGUGAUGACUUGAAGCAAGGGUUAUGUGAAAAAGCAAAAAGCUUUGCAUAUAAAUUAUUGGAUUUAUUAGCUUGCAAUCAUAGAGAAGAAAAUAACAUGAUAUGUAAUGAAUUUGAAACCAUUAAAGAACGUGCAUUAAAAGUUCCUGAGACAACAGAGGAAAUGAUGGAAAGUAUAGCCUUUAUAGACAAGGCUAAAACCAUAGGUAUCCAGAAGUUGUAUGAAAGGAUUAAGGAAUGCCAGCGACGAAUGAAUUAUCUUUUGGAUAUUUAUUUAUUUGAACCAGAAGACUUGACAUUGAAUGCAACUGUUUUGUUGUGGCCUCAAAAUAUUAACCCUAUCUUUGAUGAAAACGAUGAAAUUAUAGAAAUGUCUAAACGGAAGGGUGAAACUGAAUUAUUAGCCAAACGUGAGAAAUUGAUAAUGGAAGUAGAAAAGCAGAUUCGUCGUAUGCAUGAAUUCACAGAGUACUGUGAUUUGGACCGCAUGCAACAGUACGUGACUGACAUGAGAACACUGCAAAAACGCAUACAAGAUGCUGAUGAAGCAGUUACUUUUAUUAAUAAAGAAGAGAAGCUUUUAAAUUGGGAGCUGACUGAAUAUCCAGAGUUGGAGACCUUAAAGGUUAACACUGAGCCAUAUCAGAAACUUUUUGUUUUUAUACUGAAGUGGCAGCGGACUGAGAAACGAUGGAUGGAUGGUUCUUUUCUAGAUCUCAAUGGAGAAAAGAUGGAAGGUGAAGUAGAUGAAUUUUUUCGAGAAAUUUAUAAGACAUUAAGAUUUUUUCAACAACAGCUAAAGAAAGCUGAAAUAGAAAGAAAAAAGUCACUGCGAAGAGCAGUAGUUGAAGAGAGAGUAGAGGAAGAAAAGAAGGACAGUCCAACUAUUUCAAUGUGUAAUGCUGUAAUGCAGCAGGUUAAAGAUUUCAAAGAAAAUAUCCCCUUAGUGACUAUCCUUUGUAAUCCAGGCAUAAAAGCUCGUCAUUGGAACCAAAUGUCAGAAAUUGUUGGAUAUGAUUUAACUCCAGAUUCUGGAAGUACCUUAAGAAAAGUGUUAAAGCAGAAUCUAACUCCUUACUUAGAGCAAUUUGAAGUCAUAAGUAUGGGAGCAAGUAAGGAAUUUUCACUAGAAAAAGCAAUGCACAAUAUGAUGGAGACCUGGGAUUCAAUUUUCUUCCAAACUAGCUUAUAUCGUGAGACUGGAGUUAACAUUCUGUCUGCUGUUGAUGAAAUCCAGACAAUUCUAGAUGAUCAGAUUGUAAAAACUCAAACAAUGAGGGGAUCACCAUUCAUUAAGCCAUUUGAAAAACAAAUGAAGGAAUGGGAAGAACGCUUAAUCAGAAUUCAAGAGACUAUUGAUGAAUGGUUAAAAGUGCAAGCUCAGUGGCUUUACUUGGAACCAAUUUUUUCUUCAGAAGACAUUAUGCAACAAAUGCCAGAGGAAGGGCGCCAGUUCCAGACUGUGGAUAGGUAUUGGAGAGAUAUUAUGAAAUACUGUGUCAAAGAUCCGAAGGUUCUUGCUGCCACUUCAUUGACAGGGUUGUUGGAAAAACUUCAGAACUGUAAUGAUCUUCUUGACAAAAUCAUGAAAGGAUUGAAUGCAUAUCUUGAGAAGAAGCGUCUCUUCUUUCCACGCUUUUUUUUCUUGUCUAAUGAUGAGAUGCUGGAGAUACUAUCAGAGACUAAAGACCCUCUCCGUGUGCAGCCUCACUUGAAAAAGUGUUUUGAGGGCAUUGCUAAACUUGACUUUCGGCCAAAUCUGGAUAUUAAGGCAAUGUAUAGCACUGAAGGUGAACGUGUGGAAUUUAUUUCAACUAUUUCAACUUCUGAAGCUCGGGGAGCUGUUGAAAAAUGGCUAAUACAAGUUGAAGAUAUUAUGUUGAGGAGUAUUCAUGAUGUUAUUACAAGAUCAAGACUGGCAUAUCCAGAAAGCCCAAGAAAGGAUUGGGUGAGAGAAUGGCCUGGGCAGGUAGUUCUAUGCGUCUCACAAAUGUUCUGGACAAGUGAAGUUCAUGAAGCCAUAGCUAGUGGCCCAGAGGGUUUGAAGAAUUAUUAUCAGGCUCUUCAACAUCAGUUAAAUGAUAUAGUAGAGCUGGUAAGAGGAAAGUUGUCUAAACAAACAAGGACUACAUUGGGUGCUUUGGUCACUAUUGAUGUGCAUGCUAGAGAUGUCGUCAUGGAAAUGAUUGAAAGUGGUGUGUUAAAGGAGACAGAUUUUCAAUGGCUUGCUCAGUUGCGAUAUUACUGGGAAUAUGAUAAUGUACGUGUGCGCAUCAUCAAUUGCAAUGUAAAAUAUGCUUAUGAAUAUCUUGGCAAUUCUCCUCGACUCGUUAUUACUCCUCUCACAGACAGAUGUUAUCGUACUCUGAUUGGAGCAUUUUAUUUAAAUCUUGGUGGUGCUCCAGAAGGUCCAGCUGGGACAGGUAAAACAGAGACCACCAAAGAUUUGGCUAAAGCUGUUGCAGUACAAUGUGUUGUCUUCAACUGCUCUGAUGGCCUUGAUUACCUAGCCAUGGGGAAGUUUUUUAAGGGUUUAGCUUCUUCGGGAGCUUGGGCCUGCUUUGAUGAAUUCAAUCGCAUUGAACUGGAGGUACUGUCUGUGGUAGCCCAGCAGAUUCUUUGCAUCCAGAGAGCUAUACAACAGAAGCUGGAGAUAUUUAAUUUUGAAGGAACUGAACUGAGGCUUAAUCCCAAUUGUUUUGUUGCUAUUACUAUGAAUCCAGGUUAUGCAGGUCGCUCUGAACUACCAGAUAAUCUGAAGGUUCUUUUCCGAACAGUUGCCAUGAUGGUUCCUAAUUAUGCCCUCAUUGCUGAAAUCUCUCUGUAUUCUUAUGGAUUUCUGAAUGCUAAACCAUUGUCUGUGAAGAUAGUGAUGACCUAUAGAUUGUGCUCAGAACAACUUUCAUCUCAGUUUCAUUAUGACUAUGGAAUGCGUGCAGUCAAAGCAGUACUAAUAGCUGCUGGUAACUUAAAACUAAAAUUUCCGAUAGAGAAUGAAGAUAUACUGCUUCUUCGAUCAAUCAAAGAUGUAAAUGAGCCUAAAUUUUUGUCUCAUGACAUACCUCUAUUUAUGGGAAUUACAAGUGAUUUAUUUCCUGGCAUUAAGCUUCCUGAAGCUGACUACAGUGAUUUUCUGGAAUGUGCAAAUGAAUGUUGUAAAGAGCAUAAUGUCCAGCCUGUUAAAGUUUUUCUAGAAAAGAUGAUACAGACUUAUGAAAUGAUGAUAGUUAGACAUGGGUUUAUGCUUGUAGGAGAGCCUUUUUCUGGCAAGACCAAAGUUCUGCAUGUAUUAGCAGAUACACUUACCCUAAUGAACCAGCGUGAGUAUGGAGAAGAAGAAAAGGUAAUACACAGAACUGUCAAUCCAAAAGCUAUUACUAUGGGACAACUCUUUGGACGAUUUGAUCCAGUAUCUCAUGAGUGGACAGAUGGCAUAGUUGCCAAUACUUUUCGAGAAUUUGCUUUAACUGAAACACCUGACCGCAAAUGGGUUGUUUUUGAUGGUCCUAUUGAUACUCUUUGGAUAGAGAGUAUGAACACUGUGUUGGAUGACAACAAAAAGACAAAAACAAACGUCGAUACAAUGAUGAGUGGAGAAAUUAUUCAAAUGUCACCUCAGAUGAGCCUCAUCUUUGAGGCUAUGGAUCUAUCUCAGGCUUCACCAGCUACAGUCAGUCGAUGCGGAAUGAUUUAUUUAGAGCCUUCGCAGUUGGGAUGGAAGCCACUUGUUACUUCAUGGUUGAGCACACUUCCCGAACCCCUGAAUGAAAAGGAAUUCCAAGACCUGUUUGAAGAACUUUUUGAUUGGUUAGUACCUCCUGCUUUGCGAGUUCGUCGGAAACAGUGCAAGGAGUUAGUUCCCACCAGCAAUAGCAAUAAUGUGAUAUCUCUCACACGGCUGUUGGAAAUACUGUUGUGUCACAAAGCAAAAAAAGAUCCAAGCAAUAAAAAUAUCCAUAAAUGGGUUACGGGUUGUUUUGCUUUUGCUAUGAUUUGGUCUAUUGGAGCAACCUGUGAUAGUGAUGGUCGGAUUAUAUUUGAUAACUUUAUGAGAGAUAUUGUCAUAGGAAAGUUGGAUGAACAUCCAAUACCAGCAACCAUAGGAAAAUGGGAACAUCCAUUUGAAGAAAAAGGAUUGGUGUAUGAUUAUAUGUUUGAGUUAAAAGGAAAAGGCCGUUGGGCACAUUGGAAUGAAGCUGUUAAAAAUGUCAAUUAUAAUGAUAAAAGUAUUAAAGUUCAAGACAUUAUAGUUCCAACAAUGGACACAGUCAGAUAUACCUAUUUGAUGGAAUUGUGCAUUAAAUAUGGAAAGGCUCUGCUUUUUGUGGGACCUACUGGUACUGGGAAGUCUGUAUACGUAAAAGACAAGCUAAUGCACCACUUACAAAAGGAUCUCUACUUCCCAUUCUUCCUUAACUUUUCAGCUCGAACCAGUGCCAAUCAAACUCAGAAUAUUAUCAUGGCCAGGCUGGACAAAAGGCGGAAAGGAAUAUAUGGGCCACCUGUGGGAAAGAAGUGUGUAAUCUUUGUAGAUGAUAUGAAUAUGCCUGCACUGGAGCAAUAUGGAGCUCAGCCUCCAGUUGAACUUUUAAGACAGUUUUUUGAUCAUGGAAUCUGGUAUGAUUUAAAAGACACAAAUAAAAUAACACUAGUUGAUAUUCAGUUGAUGGCUGCCAUGGGUCCACCAGGUGGUGGAAGAAAUCCUGUAACACCUCGUUUCCUGAGACAUUUCAAUAUUUGCACCAUUAAUUCCUUCAGUGAUGAAACAAUGGUCCGGAUUUUUUCUACUCUUGUUUCUUUGUAUCUCAGAGUAAAUGAAUUUAUUCCAGAAUAUUUCACAAUUGGAAACCAGAUUGUCAGUGGCACUAUGGAGGUAUACAAGAAAGCCAUGGCAAACCUAUUGCCAACACCAGCCAAAUCCCAUUAUACAUUCAAUUUGCGUGAUUUUUCACGAGUUAUCCUAGGCUGCUUGCUUAUUAAGAAGGAUUCAGUUGUCAACAAGCAUACAAUGAUUCGUCUCUUUGUACAUGAAGUAUUUCGAGUGUUUUAUGACCGGCUUGUGGAUGAUGCUGAUAGGGCUUGGCUGUUCAAACUCAUGAAAGAAAUUGUGAAAGAACAUUUCAAAGAAGCAUUUGAUGCAGUAUUUUCACACCUGAGACAAGGAAAUGCACCUAUAAGUGAAGAAGAUAUGAGAAAUCUCCUGUUUGGAGACUACAUGAAUCCUGACCUUGAAGGAGAUAUCAUUGAGAAAGAAUCUGCUGAGGUUGAAGCAAAAAGCAAAACUGUAAAAGUAGACGAGGAGCUUGCUACAGAAAAGGCAGCCGAAGCCCAGGCACUGAAAAAUGAAUGUGAGAGUGACCUUGCCGAAGCAAUUCCAGCACUAGAGGCAGCAUUGGCUGCACUUGACACCCUGAAGCCUGCAGAUAUUACAAUUGUAAAAUCAAUGAAGAAUCCACCUUCUGGAGUUAAACUGGUUAUGGCUGCCAUUUGUGUCAUGAAGGAUAUCAAACCAGAAAAAAUUGCUGAUCCUUCUGGAAUUGGAGGCAAGAUUUUAGACUACUGGGGACCUAGCAAAAAACUAUUAGGUGAAAUGAAUUUCCUUAGAGAUUUGAGAGAAUAUGACAAAGAUAACAUUCCAGUAUCAGUGAUGCAGAAGAUUCGUUCGGAAUAUCUAACUAAUCCUGAAUUUGAUCCUCCCAAAGUGGCUAAAGCAUCUUCUGCAGCAGAAGGGUUAUGUAAAUGGAUUAUGGCAAUGGAGGUUUAUGACCGAGUAGCAAAGGUGGUUGCUCCAAAGAAAGCCCGCUUAGCAGAAGCCCAGCAGUCAUUAGCACAGACUAUGGCAUUAUUAAAUAAGAAGAGAGCUGAGCUUAAAGCUGUUGAAGAUCGUUUGGAAGCAUUGCAAGAAACCUUCAUUGAGAAAACUGAAGAAAAAGCCCGCUUAGAAUUCCAAGUGGAUCUGUGCGCUAAAAAGCUAGAAAGAGCAGAAAAGCUGAUUGGAGGACUUGGCGGAGAAAAAUCAAGAUGGUCUCAUGCUGCAGAUGAUCUUCAGAAUAUUUACGAUAAUUUGACAGGAGAUGUUCUGGUAUCAGCAGGGGUGAUAGCUUACCUUGGUGCUUUUACUGCUGGAUUUCGACAAGAAUGUACUAAAGAGUGGAGCAAACUCUGUCAGGUAAAAAAUAUUCCUUGUUCUGAAAGCUUCUCUCUAAGCAAGACCCUUGGUGAUCCAAUAAAAAUUAGAGCCUGGAAUAUUGCAGGUCUUCCAACAGAUCAGUUUUCCAUAGAUAACGGUGUGAUUGUUGACAAUUCUAGACGUUGGCCAUUAAUGAUUGAUCCCCAAGGUCAAGCAAAUAAAUGGAUAAAACAUUCCGAGAAAGAGAACAGACUGAGUGUCAUAAAAUUUACUGACUCAGACUACAUGAGAACUCUAGAAAACUGCAUUCAGUUUGGAACUCCUCUUUUGCUUGAAAAUGUUGGAGAAGAGAUAGAUCCUUCCUUGGAACCUUUGCUACUUAGGCAAACUUUUAAACAAGGGGGCAUGGAUUGCAUUCGACUUGGUGAAACAAUAAUUGAAUAUUCUUUUGAUUUCAAAUUUUAUAUUACCACCAAAUUAAGGAAUCCACAUUAUUUACCUGAAUUAGCAACAAAGGUUUCUUUGCUAAAUUUUAUGAUUACUCCAGAAGGACUAGAAGAUCAACUUUUAGGCAUUGUUGUUGCCAAGGAAAGGCCAGAAUUAGAGGAAGAACGAAAUGCUCUUAUCCUUCAGUCAGCUGCCAAUAAGAAACAACUAAAAGAUAUAGAAAAUAAAAUUUUAGAAACACUGCAGUCUUCUGAAGGUAAUAUUUUAGAAGAUGAAAGUGCAAUUACUAUCUUGGACUCGGCAAAAAUAAUGUCUAAUGAAAUUACAAAGAAACAGCAGAUUGCAGAAAAAACUGAAAUUAAAAUAGCACAGUCUCGCGAAGGCUACAGACCCAUUGCAAAGCAUUCAUCUGUAUUGUUUUUUAGUAUUGCUGAUCUGGCUAAUAUAGACCCAAUGUACCAAUAUUCUCUCAGUUGGUUUGUAAACCUUUAUAUCAACUCUAUUCAUGACAGCAACAAGUCUAAAAUUUUGGAAAAAAGGCUACGAUAUCUAAACGACCAUUUCACAUACAACUUGUAUUGCAAUGUUUGUCGCUCCCUGUUUGAGAAGGAUAAGUUGCUGUUUUCAUUUUUACUCUGCUGUAAUCUUCUGAUGGCUAGGAAAGAAAUUGAACAUCAGGAGUUUAUGUUUUUAUUAACUGGAGGGGUUGGUCUCAAGAGCAAAUUCAAGAACCCUGAUCCAUCUUGGUUACAAGAUAAAAGUUGGGACGAAAUAUGUCGUGCAAGUGAUAUGUCUGCUUUUAAAGGAUUACGGAAUCACGUGACUUCACAAACCAAUGAAUGGCGUAGUAUUUAUGAUAGUAAAGAACCACAGACUGUUCCUUUACCCACACCAUGGAAUACAGACUUAAACGAAAUAAAGAAAAUGAUUAUUCUCCGAUGCUUGAGACCUGACAAGAUUACACCGGCUAUAACAACCUUUGUGACUGAUAAACUUGGAAAGAAAUUUGUUGAGCCACCUCCUUUUGAUCUAACAAAAAGUUACUUAGAUUCAAAUUCUUCAAUCCCUUUAAUCUUUGUGCUGUCUCCUGGAGCAGAUCCUAUGGCAAGUCUUUUAAAAUUUGCAAAUGACAAAAAUAUGAUUGGAAGUAAAUUUCAGUCCAUCUCUUUGGGACAAGGGCAAGGACCAAUAGCAACAAAAAUGAUUAGAGAAGGAAUGGAGGAAGGGACCUGGGUUUGUUUACAAAACUGCCAUCUUGCUGUUUCCUGGAUGCCAAUGCUGGAGAAAAUCUGUGAAGAGUUUAACAGUGAAACUUGCCAUUCUUCUUUCAGACUCUGGCUGACUAGUUAUCCAUCACCCAAGUUUCCAGUCACCAUUCUUCAGAACGGUGUGAAGAUGACAAAUGAACCUCCUACUGGCCUCCGGCUGAAUUUACUUCAGUCUUUCCUCUCUGAUCCGCUUUCUGAUGCCGACUUUUUUGCUGGGUGUCCUGGAAAGGAGCAGAGAUGGGAGAAGCUGCUGUUUGGAGUUUGCUUUUUUCAUGCCCUAGUACAGGAGAGAAAAAAAUUUGGACCUCUGGGAUGGAAUAUUCCCUACGGAUUUAAUGAAUCAGACUUGCGAAUCAGUGUCAGACAAUUGCAGUUGUUUAUAAAUGAGUAUGAACACAUCCCAUUUGAAGCAAUAACUUACCUUACGGGUGAGUGCAACUAUGGAGGAAGAGUGACAGAUGACUGGGACAGACGUCUACUACUGACUAUGCUUGCUGACUUUUACAACUCAGAUAUAGUGGAGAAUUCACAUUAUAAGUUUUCUCCUAGUGGCAACUAUUAUGCUCCCUCAAGGGGCACUUAUGAUGAUUACAUUGAAUUUAUUAAGAAUCUUCCUGUUAGUCAGCAACCAGAAGUGUUUGGGCUGCAUGAUAAUGUAGAUAUAUCAAAGGAUCUCCAGCAAACAAAAAUCACUUUUGAAUCCCUUCUGCUGACACAAGGAGGAACCAAUCAAGGAGGGUCUAAAAGUGGUGGUGACAGCACUUUGUAUGAAAUUGCAGAUGACAUCCUUAACAAGCUUCCAAAUGAUUAUGAUAUUGAGGCAGCACUUAUUAAAUAUCCCGUGAGAUAUGAAGAAAGUAUGAAUACGGUUCUGGUGCAAGAAAUGGAACGUUUUAACAAUUUAAUAAGAACCAUACGCACAACUUUGGUAAAUUUGAAGAAAGCGAUUAAAGGAUUGGUUGUGAUGGAUUCUGAAUUAGAGGCCCUUUGCGGCAGUCUUCUUAUUGGAAAAGUUGCAGAAAACUGGGCUAAACGUUCAUACCCAAGUCUAAAACCACUGGGAAGCUAUAUUCUAGAUUUUCUAGCUAGACUGAAAUUCUUACAGGAUUGGUAUGAUUCUGGAAAACCAUGCGUGUUUUGGCUCUCAGGAUUCUUUUUCACGCAAGCAUUUUUAACUGGAGCAAUGCAGAAUUAUGCCAGGAAGUACACUAUUCCUAUUGAUCUCUUGGGAUAUGAGUUUCAGGUUAUUCCAAAGGAUACUUCAAAUACUGCUCCAGAAGAUGGUGUUUACAUCAAUGGGCUAUUUUUAGAUGGAGCUCGCUGGGAUAGAGCAAAAGGGCUCCUAGGUGAACAACAUCCCAAAAUUCUCUUUGACAUGAUGCCCAUUAUUUGGAUAAAACCAGCCAAAACAUCAGAGAUUAAGAAAUCAAAUGCAUAUGUGUGUCCACUGUAUAAGACAAGUGAACGCAAAGGAGUCCUUUCAACAACCGGGCAUUCAACUAACUUUGUCAUUGCAAUGAAGUUGCUAACUGACCAGCUAGUCCAGCACUGGAUCAAGCGAGGAGUUGCUCUACUUUGUCAGCUGGAUGACUAAUUAUAUAGAACUCAACCAGAGGAGAUUAAAUACUCCAUAUUCAUAUCUUUGCCUAGAACAAAGGACUUUCUAAAUAUUUUGAUCAUUCAGACUUUGAAACUGGUUACAAUCUUUUCCCAUAAACUGAAGCCAUUCUUUUGUUUAUUGAUGUUUUUUCUUCUGUUCAUUUAUAAGAAAAGUGUUCAAUAUGCACAGUGUCUUAUUUACUCCAUCAUAAUUCAUUUAGAAGUUGUUGAAAAAUAUCUUUCCUUUUGCUCAAAAAUGUUGUUGCUUCCUUUCAACUCUUAACAUUUGAAUAUCUAAAACAUUUGAUUGAGUCUGUGUUGAUUUCUACUUCCUGGACAACUUUUCCACUUUUUUUGAGAGACUCUGGAAGGUGGGUUAGAUUAAAAUUGUUAACCCUCA